CGGCACCGGGUCACCGGCGGAUCACAGCCGGGCCAGCACCGAUUCAACAUCGGAACAGCACCGGGAGUUGCACCGUGAAGGAGGCGGGCCGGGUGGAGCAGGAGCCGGGGCCGGUGAUGGAGCGGGGGCCGGGGCCGGUGAUGGAGCGGGGGCCGGGGCCGAUGGCCGAGAUGCUGCGCUGCCCGUGCUGCCGCCGCCCGCUUCGGGAGCCCGUGACCACCGCCUGCGGCCAAACACUGUGCCGCCGCUGCGUCCCGGGCUGGGGCUGCCCCUUGUGCGGGAUGUCGCUACCGACCACCGCCGCUGCCGGCCGCGUCAAUGUGCUGAUCAGCGGGCUGCUGGAGCGGUGGAGGGCGGCCGGGCCGGGAGCGGCGCCCGGUAGCCAGGACACCCCGCAAACACCGGACACCGGACACCCCGCAAACACCGGGCACCGCGCGGACAACGGAAACUGCGGACACUCCACACAGUCUCCGGUCAGUCUGAACCCUGAGAUGUCAGACGUGGAACCCCGGUAUCCCGAGGCCCGGGGAACCCAGCUCCAACAAUCCACAGCAGCGUGGGAACAGGUGCCGGGCGGUCGGUCCGGCAUCGAGACGGGGCUCCGGGAGGCCGGACGCUUGGAACUGGCGUGCGGGAGCACCGCGUCGGAGCCGGAGGUUUGGUGGGUGGAGCCGGAGGGAUGUCUGCAGACGGCACCGACACAGGACCCCCGCGGUGGGCAUCGUCCGGCGGGUCAUCAGGCCGUGAAGGCACCGGGCGGGCCCGCGGGAGGCCGCAGCGAGCCAGGUGAAGACGGGGCCGGCCCGGAGUCUUUCACCCCCGACCCUGCGCCGCCGCAACUCAGCGCCACCGACUUCGACUGUUCACUGUGUUUCCGGCUGCUGUUUGAGCCGAUCACCACCCCGUGUGGACACAGCUUCUGCCGCCAGUGCAUGGAGCGCUGCCUGGACUACCGGCCCAGCUGCCCACUCUGCAAGCAGGACCUGCGGGAGUUCCUGGAGCAGCGGCCGUUCCAUGUCACCCACCUCCUGCAAUCCAUCAUCGCCGCCUCCUUCUCCAUCGAGUCCGCGGCCCGGCGCCGUCUCAACCUGCUAGAAAUGAGCGAACUCUCCGGCCUGACCACCAGUGUCCCCAUCUUCGUGUGCACGUUGGCCUUCCCGGGGAUCGCGUGUCCGCUGCAUGUCUUCGAGCCGCACUACAGACUCAUGAUGCGCCGCUGUCAGCAGACCGGCACCCGCUCCUUCGGGAUGUGCCAGGUGCAGGCCGACACCGGGUUUUCGGACUAUGGCUGCAUGUUGACCAUCCGUGGGAGUGAAGACCUGCCGGAUGGACGGUCUCUGAUCGACGCCGUGGGUGGCCGCCGCUUUAAGGUGCUGCGACGCUGUCAGAGAGACGGCUACAACACGGCCGACAUCGAGUACUUGCAGGACCAGCAGAUCGCUACUGAGGACCUGAGCAUUCUGCAAGUGUUCCACGACCAGGUCUACCAGAUGGCCCUGAGCUGGUUCCGGCACCUGCCCCAGUCCUAUCAGCAAUACCUACACUCCCAGCACGGAGCCAUCCCUGGCCCUGACCACAGCCUGCAGGACCAGUUGGAUGGCCCUCACUGGUGUUGGUGGGUUAUGGCUGUGGUGCCGAUCCAGCCGGAGCUGCAGACGAUGAUGCUGUCGACCACCUCUCUACACAGGCGGCUGCUCUACUUGCAGCGCAUCCUCCAGUACCUGGGGCUGAACCAGGUGCAGUGACCAUGGGGGGAGCUCACUGUCCACGACCAGACACUGGGACCUCUGGCCGCACCCUCCCCUAGGAGACCGGCGGUGCUGCUUCUCACCCCCCCAGCAUUACCCUGGCUGACUGCCACAACGGGCUGUGGUCACGAGGGUUCUGAGACCCCCCCCCCCCCGAAGCAGCACUGGCAUUGGGGGUGACUCGUCCCGCCUGCCCGAGGGACUGACUCAGUAAUGGCUGGCCUCUACCAACAACAACAGCAUCCACUUAGUGCCUUUAGCAGAGGAAGAUCUUCACAGGCACCUUACAGCACCACAGCCACAUCUGAACAAAUAAACGGAGGGAGGGACGGGCGCAGAGAGAGAAUGAUGGAGGAGAGAGAGUGAGGGGGAGGGAAUGGAGGGAGCAGUGGAAGGAGCUUUCUCUCAGUCCAGGUGUUGGGAUUUGUAUUUCAUAAUGUCUCUGCUGCUGCCUGCAGAGGUAACUCCUUCCUGAUUAUCAACUGGACAUUAUCAUUUUAUAUGUUUUAUUUCUAUCAACUAAGCCAACUGUCGACAUGACAGGCAGUUGUUGGCCAAUGGGGGCUCGACAAGCGGGGAAGAACCGUCCUAUCACCAACUAAAGAGUGGGCCUGACCUACCAUCUACCUCAUUGGAGACUCUUGGACUAUCUUUAAGAACUGUACAUGCUGGAAAAAUCGAAGGUAGACAAA